AUGACACGACCUUUCUUGCUGAAACGAGAGGGUAAAAGGUGCGCACAGCGCUCAGUCGUGCAAGGCCUGGAGCCCAGCCCUUCGGAAGCUCGCAGGGAGCCAGACACCCCCUGGCGAGGGGACCCAGCCGACACACUCCGGCGAGGACUAGAAGCCAGUCCCCCGGCCGGUCGCAGACUCCAGCGCAGCACCGCCCCCUGCGACACCCCCUCGCGGGAAUCGCCCAUCCAUCCGGUCGCCGAGUCCCGGAGCCGCCGCGGCCUGGAGGAACAGGUGCCCCGGGGCUUCUCGGAGGCCCAGGCGGCGGCGUGGCUGGAGGCGGCGCGCGGCGCCCGGGUGGUGGCCCUCGAGCGCGGGGGCUGCGGGCGUAGCUCCAACAGGCUGGCCCGCUUCGCCGACGGCACCCGCGCCUGCGUGCGCUACGGCAUCAACCCGGAGCAGAUCCAGGGCGAGGCCCUGUCCUACUACCUGGCGCGCCUGCUGGGCCUCCAGCGCCACGUGCCGCCGCUGGCGCUGGCCCGGGUGGAGGCGCGGGGCGCGCAGUGGGCGCAGGUGCAGGAGGAGCUGCGCGCCGCGCACUGGACCGAGGGCAGCGUGGUGAGCCUCACGCGCUGGCUGCCCAACCUCACGGACGUGGUGGUGCCCGCGCCCUGGCGCUCGGAGGACGGGCGUCUGCAGCCCCUGCGCGCCGCCGGGGCCGAGCUGGCCAACCGCAGCCAGGCGGAGCUGGUGGACCUGGUGCAAUGGACCGACUUGAUCCUCUUUGACUAUCUGACGGCCAACUUCGACCGGCUCGUCAGCAACCUUUUCAGCCUGCAGUGGGACCCGCGCGUCAUGCAUCGCGCCACCAGUAACCUGCAUCGCGGCCCCGGCGGGGCGCUGGUCUUUCUGGACAACGAGGCGGGUUUGGUGCACGGCUACCGGGUGGCGGGCAUGUGGGACAAAUACAACGAGCCCUUGUUGCAGUCGGUGUGCGUGUUCCGCGAGCGGACAGCGCGGCGAGUCUUGGAGCUGCACCGCGGCCAGGACGCGGCGGCCCGGCUGCUGCACCUCUACCGGCGCCACGAGCCUCGCUUCCCGGAGCUGGCGGCGCUCGCCGACCCCCAUGCUCAGCUGCUGCAGCGCCGCCUUGACUUCCUCGCCAAACACAUUUUGUACUGUAAGGCCAAGUACGGCCGCCGGCCCGGAACUUAG